AGGCGCCCUCUCGUGGAUUGUAUUCAUGUUUUUUCUCAGUGUAUUUUCCGAUAAUAUCUUUCUCUUUCUCACCCUGUUUGUGCUUGCUCAACAUUCAUCGCCCCGAUGUGAAGAUUAUUCCUGGAAAAUUACACAACUCCAACAUCAUAAAUUAACGUAUAUUCGAUUCUUGAUAUUGACGCUCAUGUUGAUCUUUCAUUCAUCCAAACUCAAACUCAAAGAAAAAUAGAAGUGUCUCUUCCUUGGUGAACAACAUUCCUAGUUUUGUUCUCGAUGGAUUAGGAUUUUUCCUUUUUCGAUUGAUCCGUAUCUGUAUCGAGAAUCUGUUCCUGUGAAUUAGAAUUUCAUCGGAUCGAAAUAAACAUGGAUGUCGAGGAUUAUUGCCUGGAGAAUAAUUCGGGUGGGAAAGAAAUAAUUCUCUUUCCUCUGGAAUCCAAAUCCAUCGUCCGGAAUUAGUGGUUUUCCGAAGGUGAAGGAGGUGACGCGAAGAAAGUCGUGUGAGUUAGUAGUAGAAGAAGUCCGGGUUCUAUCCCACGAAAAAUUGUUUCAUUGUGAUGAUUUUGCAAGAUCUGUAUCACAAGUUUGUUAGACAUGACACAGAAAAUUUGCCAUGCGCGCUUCCAUAGGGAAAACAUCUCUAAAGAGUCGAGGUCUACUUGCAGGUGUAGCAAGACAAAUAGUUCUCUGUUCCAUUCUAUGCAUCACAAGUUCACAGUGAAACAGUUUUUUCUUGCGAUAGGUUCUUAGGGGUGUCGUGGAAGGAAGGAGUAGUCCGAAAACCUUCAAGAUGACGACGCGAAUGCAGCGGUUUUUGGAGCAGAAGCUCCUCUCGGGGAAUAACAGUCAGCAGAGCGAGUUGUUGAUGAAUAUGUGUUUCCCGGAGGUGACCAGCGCAGUCCAUUUGCAGCAGCCGCAGCAUUAUCAAAUGCAAAAAUGUCUGGGUGUGGAAGAGUGCUAGGUUUGUCAUGCAGGUUUUCCAUGACCCAUGAGGUCUGUUAUGUAGGACAGAGCAUGACAGAUUCUGUGAGAGUUGUAUCGUGCCUAUUCCGCAUGAGAAAUUGCCUCUCGAUUAGGUCAAAAGUGGACAGCUUUUGGCAAUCAUGCAACACAGAUUUUGACAUGAUUCAGAUUUAGCAUGACAAGUUCGCAUUCUUCCAGACCCAGACAUUUUUGCAUUUGAUAAGCACAACUUUUCAGCCCACAACACCAGCAGCUCCAGCGGCCAGCAGCAGCAGGUGUUAUCCUAGAAAAAAACUGUUUUAGUGUGUCUUUUGGGAAAACAGCAUCGCAAGUUUGUCUGCCAUGAAAGGAAAAACUUGGCAUGCGCAGAUAGGACGGGAAAACACUAGGAAGCGAGCCCAUCAUGCAUGUGGAGCAUGAUAAGCAUAUAUUGUUUUGCACUUUCAUCUGCAUCACAAACUUACACUUAUACAGUUUUUUUCUUGCAUAGGUGUGGCAGGAGUAUGAUUGGCAGGACAUUCAAUUGUUGAACGACUCGGUCGGGUACCAAAUCGUCCGCAUCCAGGAAUUCAAGAGGAAGACGCCGAAUAAAGAGGAUGAAGCGUUUAUCCUGAGUAAAAACGUCCCCACAACAGAGUCAGGAUGGGGAUAGAUUUUGCAACACAAACCUAGGAGUUUUGGGAGUCACGCAUGACAAGUUGCACUCCGCAGUGUAGUGCAGGUUAGUAAGUGCAGCCGCAUCACAGAUUCAUCGGCUCAUCCUGUUCACAGCAUCACAAAUUCCAAUACACGAUUGGAAAUGGCUCUCAUGGGGAUGCGCAUUACAAGUCCUCCUAUCUUUGCAAAUCUGCAUUAGGUGUGGGGACGUUUUUACUCAGGAUAGCGUUUUUCGACUUUUUGAUCCAGGAAUUGGAUUGCAACAAGAUGUUGCAUAUCAACUGCAAAUAUGUCUGGGUCUGGAAGAUUGGGUGAGUUUGUCAUGCAAAUUUUACAUGACGUAUGAUGUCGGUGUGCAUGCUUCAGCAUUACAGGUUUUGUGAAGGUUUUCUCAUGCCUAUACGGCAUGAGAAAGGCUUUCCCAGAAGAGCAAAAAUCUGAGUGCCGUUUGCUGCUCAUGCAAUACAGGUUUUUGUAUCAUCGAAAGAUAGCAUCACAAAUUCCAUUCUUUCCAGAGCCAGACGCAUUUGCAUUUGAUGUUGCACGUCGUUUUCCACCUGGACCAAAUGAUGGAAAGUUUUACAACAGCUGUGAAGCAACAGCUAUCCUGUGCAAAAGUAUCGUACUCGUCUUAGUCGCAGUCAUGCAAGACAAAUUUCUUUUUCAAGCUAAAUCAGCAUGACAAAUUCCAUUUUUCAUGCUGAGCUAAUUUGUAUUGCAUUUGCAACAUUACGAGUACGAUACUUUUAGAGUUCAUAACAGCAGAGCCGAGGAGGGAACAACAACAGGACUAUCAAGUGCAAAAAUGUCUGGGUCUGGAAAAGUUUAGACUUGUCAUGCAGAUUUUCCAUGACCCAUGAGGUCUGGAAUGCGGGACUUAGCAUGACAGACUCUGUGAGGUCUCUGCCAUGCCUGUCCUGCAUGAGAAACUCCCUUCCAACUUGGUCAAAAGUGGAUAGCUUUUGGCACUCAUGCAACACAGAUUUUUGCAUGCUUCAGAUUUACCAUGACAAGUUGCAAUCUUCCAGACCCAGACAUAUUUGCAAUGCAUAAGGACUACUUCUAGUCCAAAGCAGUUGCUCGAGCUAAAAAAGACGGAGAAGCAGUGGAUGUUGAAGCUGUUGAGCCACCAGGAGUAUCAAAUGCAAAAAUGUUUGGGUCUGGAAAGUUGGAACUUGUAAUGCUGGUCUUGUAUUCCUGUGAAAUCUGUAUUGCAUGGCCAACAAAAGCAAACGUGGCAGCCUCGCACGUCAUACACAAACGCAGUUUCUGAUGCGGAGUUCGUAUGAUAAGGCGUCGCGCAGACUUGUCAUGCUUUCCUGCAUGAGGAAGUGUUUUCAUUUAUGCACAUUUUAGCAUCACAAAUUUCCAGACCCAGACAUAUUUGCAGUUGAUAAGGAGCCGACUUUCGCGGCCGAUGACGUGAUGGACAACAUCUGCAGGCGGGUAUGCAUUGAAAAAGUAUUCUUGUACUCGUAGUUGUACUUGCAUUUAUGCAUUACAGAUCUCUUUCCGAAGCUGAAUCCGCAUUACAAAUUUCAUUUCUCAUGCUGAAUCCGCAUUACAAGGGGGUUCGUCUCAAUGAAAUGAAAUGAAAUGCUGAGCUAGUUUGUAUUGCAAUUAUACCACGAGAGUACGAUAAUUUUUCCCUUUCAUACCGGUUGAAGAAGAGCAAGUUUUUCUUGAACGCGACUGAAGAUCAUAUGAAUGGCUCCUCUGCAGCUGCUAUCCCCUCGCGCGGGGGCCAAGUGGAUAGCGACCUGAUUGUGGUCAGUCUCGGGGUUAUCCCACGAAAAAACUGUUUCACUGUAAUGGUUCUCCAAGAUCCGCAUCACAACUUUGCUACACAUGACACUGAAAAUUUGCCAUGCGCGCUCCCCAAGGGAAAACACGCUUGAAAAUCCAAUGAGUUGCAGGUGUAGCAAGACAAAUAGUUCUGUGUUCAAUUCCAUGCAUCACAAGUUCACAGUGAAACACUUUUUUCUUGCGAUAGGGGUGUUGUAUCAGAAGGUGUUGGAGAUCGUUGGGGAAUAUGAGCUUUCCCCGCAAAUCGAGUUCUAUCUCCUCUUAUCCUGUGCAAAAGUAUCGUAUUCGUAUAAAUGCAAGUUUUGCAUUACAAGUCUUAGCCUUAAGGCAAAUCCGCAUGACAAAUUUCAUUUCUCAUGCUGAGGGAAUUUGUAAUGCAUUUAUGCGAGUACGAUAUUUUUGCAGCUCAUACCUCUUCUGCGUGCAGACUAGCAAAUUGCUACCACUUCUGUGUGAUUUCAACGACCUGUUUGAACCGAAACUGGAGAAAAUUUGGCAGGAGUGGCAGGACGAAAAGCAGAAAAUCUCCAUGCAAAUGAACGGCAUCGACUUGCGGCAACAGGGCCAAUAUGGAUUGCAAAUAUGUUUGAGUCUGGAAACUUGUGAUGCAAGGAAGGGAAUUAUGGUGAAAGCAUUGUAAUGCGCUGCCCAGCAUGACAAGUUUUGCCGUGGUUCUGAGUUGCGUACUCCGCAUGAGAAACUGCAUUUUUGCAUGACAGGCCAGAGGAGCUGUUCGCGGCCACGCAAAAACCCCGAGCACAGGGUCAUGUCAGACUAGCAUGACAAAUCUCGCAAUUAUCCAGACCCAGACAUGAUUGCAUGUGAUAGCCAAGACUCGCAUUCGGAGCAGGCGCUGCUGCAGUUCCGAUCCGCGAUCGCCAUGUCGAUUGUGCUCGAGAAAACGUUCGGGAGUGCGAAAAAGUCCUUUAGUACCAUGCAGUCGUUGAACAAGUGCCUCGUCGUGAUCAACUUAGACAUAUGCAAUGCAAAUAGCUCUGGGUCCUCUGGGAAUGAAUGCAAGGUUUGUCAUGCUCCGCCAGUAUGAUUCCAAAGUCUGUCAUGCACGUUUUGCAAAAAGAACCCGUUUUUUUACUCAUGCAGAAAGAAAAACGCACUUUGUCAUGCAGAAUAGACAAUUAACACCUAGCAACGCAGAAACUUGUCAUGCUGACCCGUCGCUUGUCGUGUCCUCAGGAAUCGUCAACCAGCAUCACAACUUACUUUCUAGACGACCCAGGCAUCUUUGCAGUGCAUAAGACAAACACAAGCGGUUCAUCGAAGACGAACUGGCCCAGAACGGGACGCUAUGAACUGCAAAAGUAUCGUACUCGUAUAAAUGCAUGACAAAUUCCCUCAGCAUGAGAGUUAAAAUUUGCAAUGCAGAUUUGGCUUGGAAACAAGAUUUGUAAUGCAACACUUGGAUUAGCAUUUGUACGAGUACGAUACUUUUGCACAGGAUAGACGCUCUACCCGCAGUCCGUCCUGGAGUUGCUGCAGCAGGUGCACUAUGCAUUGCAAAAGUAUCGUACUCGUAUUGCAAUCAUGCACUACAAAUCUGCUUGUUAAGGUAAAUCAGCACUGCAAAUUUUAUCGCUCAUGCUGAGGAAAUUUGUAAUGCAUUUAUACGACGAGUCCGAGUGCGAUACUUUUGCAUUUGAUAUGCACAGCAAGAAGCACGAGAUCCUGAACCGCGGCACGAGUGACGAAGUCGUUUCCACCGGGCAGAUUCUCCUGCAGCAGGGUAUGACUUGCUCAAACGUUACAAUCUCAAGCGUUACAAUUGAAUCUGGAAUUUGUGUUGCAUGCUGAGCAUGACAGACUCGUCGCACAUCAGCGCUCCACGUUUUGCAAUACAAAUUUCGCCAGAUUGUAGUGGGGUUUGGGGCUCCGGAACUUGUCAUGCGCAAUCCGAUGAGAGUUGGCUAGAUCAUGCACUCUUGCAUCACAGAUUUCGACAUUCUAUGGUAACCGAUUUGAGAUUGUAACACCUGAGCAGGUUAUACAGGGCAUGCGGGGGGUGGAUGCCUGGAAGUAUGGAUUGCAAAAGUGUCUGGGUCUGGAAGAAUGCAACUUGUGACGCUGCAUUUGGAUUCCAAAAAAAUGUGUAUUGCAUGAGUAGCAAUUUGCUAUACUCCUCUUGCCAAAAGGAGUAUGGGCAUUUGUCAUGCGGAAUAGGCAUCAAGUUCAAGAUGCCCUCAAAAAAUCUGUGAUGCUAGGGCGUGCAUCACAGACAUCAUGGCUCAUGCAAGACGUGCAUCACAAGUCUCAGAAUCUUCCAGACCCAGACACUUUUACAUUUGAUAGGAAGGUGGAAAAGACCAUGGGGCUGAAGGACCGCGAAACGGUGUAUGCAAGAAAAAAACUGUGUAAGUGUAAAUUUGUGUUGCAGAACAUGCUAGAGAGGUACGCCUGUCAUGCCAGACAGCCAUGAAGCUCUCUUUUCAUGUGUGUUUUGCCUUACAAGCCACGCAUGACAGGUUUUCUCUGUCAUGUAGAGCAAAUUUGUGAUGCUGUUCCCUGAAGAAAGUUACACUUACACACUUUUUUUCCUGGAUACGGUGCGACAGUACAUUAACCUGCAGCGGAACAGUAUGCAAGAAAAAAAUUGUGUAAGUGUAAAUCUGUGAUGCAGAAAAUAAAUGCAAAACAGUUUUUACACUUGUCAUGCGGGACGUGCAUCAUCGGCUCGCUUCCUAUGUGUUUUCCGUUCCUAUCUGCGCAUAAGCAUAACAAGUUUUUCCUGUCACGGCAGGCAAAGAACUUGUGAUGCAGUUUUGUUUCCCAAAAGACUUACACUAACACAGUUUGUUUCCUGGAUAAACAGCAGCGGUGGUGGAGCAGGUAGUGCGGAAAAGAAUAGUGCCGCGCCACCUGUCAACAUCCAGGUGCAUGACUUCUACAACAGUUGCCUUCUUCUUUCCGAAAUUCCCGACCUGAAUUUCGGGACGAACCUCGGGCCACCCCGUGGUUCCAGCUCGGCGACGAUCGACGACAAGCAAAAUGUGGAGUUGUUUCUCGACCGGAAAAUUGACGUGGAAUUGUUUGCGAGCAGCAUGCCCGUGAACUUUGACGGAGAACAGGACUAUCAAAAGUAAAAAUGUCUGGGUCUGGAAGAAUGCAUGUUUGUCAUGCUUGUCUGGCAUGACUCUUAAAUCUGUCAUGCACGUUACCCAAGAGCGCCACUUUUCUGUCAUGCAGAAACGCAGUUUGUCAUGCAGAAUAGGCAACACCUAGAAGCUCAGAAACUUCUCAUGCUGAGCCAGCACUUGUGGCCUCCUCAUGAUACGCCACCCAGCAUCACAAGUUUCCAGACCCAGACACUUUUGCAUUUGAUAAUUACGGCGGCUUCAACAUCUACGGGGGUGUACAACACCAACUACAACAAACCACUAUGCAAUGCAAAAGCAUCGUACUCCUACUCGUACUAAUUGCUUUUAUGCAUUACAAAUCUUUUUGUUAAGGCAAAUCCGCAUCACAAAUCUAAUUUGUAAUGCUGAGCUAAUUUGUAUUGCAAUUUAUACUAGUACGAUACUUUUGCAGUUCAUAAUCACAGAUCAUGACCUGGCAUCGUCCACCGGAAUGUUUAACAGCCGCGCGUUAUCAAAUGCAAAUGUGUCUGGGUCCUCAGGGGUGAUGCAAGUUUGUCAUGCUUGUCUCGCAUGACUCUUAAAUCUGUGAUAGUACAUGAGCAGGAAAAUAAGGGCCUCUUUCCUGUCAUGCAAAAACGCAGUUUGUCAUGCGAAAAACGAAACACACAGCACGCAGCUCAAAAACUUGUCAUGCUGGGCUCCAUAUUCCAGUGCGCCCACAAUUGGUAGAUUCGCAUCACAAGUUUCCAGACAUCCAGACAUAUUUGCAAUGCAUACGCGCCGGGGAUCGGCAAUUUGCUGGACAAGUUGGAGGAGAUGGAUCACGCCGGAGCAGGGCUUCCUUCAUCGCAGCAACAUCACGGCAAGGGCGGGGGACAGUUGAAUACUAGUGGUUCUUUUUACAGUCAAGGCAAGAAGGGCAUGGGGAAGCUGCAAGACGGCGGGGGCAAAUUCGGGGCCGGGGGCGGUAAGGAUGAGGAUUUGUCGAAAUUGCCCGUUUCCCAGAUGGUCUUCCCAGAUCAACUGCACCAGAUCACGGACAAUCUAUCCUGUGCAAAAGCAUCGUACCACUCGGAGUAAUUGCAUUUAUGCAUUACAAAUCUCUUUGUUCUCAAGGUAAUAAAUAGUAAUUCAGCAUUACAAAGUCAAAUUCAAUUGUUCAAUUUGUAAUGCUAGGCUGAUUUGUAAUGCAAUUUAUACUAGAAGUACGAUGCUUUUGCAUUGCAUACAAUCUAGCCAUCGCCAACAAUGUGGAGCAGACGGGUGUCGUAUCAAAUGCAAAUAAUGUUUGGGUCUGAAAACUUGUGAUGCAAGGAAGGGAAUAGUGAGCUCACUGGAAUGGGAAUGCGCUGCCAAGCAUGACAAGUUUGUUCCAUGAUUCUGAGUUGCGUAUUCCUCAUGUGAAACUGCGUUUUUGCAUGACAGGGAGUAGGAGCUCUUUGCGGCCACGCAAUACACAGUUCAGAGUCAUGCCAGACUAGCAUGACAAAUUUCGGAAUCUUCCAGACCCAGACACUUUUGCAUUUGAUAUCUCGAUCAGUGGUACGACUUUUGUGAGCAGCACCGAAAUUUCCGCCUCAUCGGCUGCCUGGCGUCUACGAAGGACCAGAAGUUCAGCUUUUUGAAAUCCGUGUUCACGCUGAAAAACAAGGAGCAGCAGAUCUUCUGCCCCUUUCCGAAUUGGCGCGGGUUGAAGAAACGGUUCAUGGAGCAUUUUGCGGAGAACCUGCAAAAAUACGGCAACCACGAGAAGCAGUUUUUCCUGCAGCAAAAACACCACCCGAUCAUUAUCCGGAGUAAAAACGUACCCACACCAGAGUUGUAAUGCAGAUUUGCAAAGCCAGGAAGACUUGUAAUGCGCAUCCCCAUGAGAGCCAUUUCCAAUCGUGUUUUGGAAUUUGUGAUGCUGUGAACAGGAUGAGCAGAUGAAUCUGUGACGCGGCUGCACUUGCUAACCUGCACUACACUGCAUAGUGCAACUUGUCAUGCGUGACUCACAAAACUCCUAGGUUUGUGUUGCAAAAUCGUCAUCCUGACUCUGGUGUGGGUACGUUUUUACUCAGGAUAAUCAUCGACCCCAGCAACUACUUCAUCACCCCAAACGAGUCCGCUAUCCUGGCGAACUGGCUCGAGAAAUACGGCAAGGACCGGCUGGUGGCAUUCCGGAUCGGGAAAAAAGGCUCGAAAACCAGGAAGGAGACGGACAAUUACUAUGCAGAUGACGUUGUGUUUCUGGAUGAGGCACGCGACACGGAGCACGACGGCCCGGUGCUGAUUCAGGGAAUCGUGGGCACGCACGGGCGGAAGCCGGUGAACCAAAGGAACUCCGCUUGGGACCAAAGAUUUCGGUUCUUUGAAGCACUGGAAUUCGGUCACGAGCUGGAACUGACGAACGGCAGCAGUUACGUCUAUGCGAACUACCCAACCUUUGAGGAGGCGAACAGCAACCCAAAUAUGAGCGUUUUCCACGCGGGUGGGGGCGCCGCUGCAGGAACAACUACGGCCAUGCUUCAAGUGCCGCAACUACCCGGAACAACCACAACCUCGUUUGAUCAACAUUUCGGGAACAACCAGGUCCAGGCCGCGAGCAGCCUGAGUAAUAAUUCCUCCACUUACGGCAAUAAACAGAACAGCAAAAUCGACCUGACCCACGCGCCGAUAACCGUGCGCAACCAGAAAAACGCGGUGGCGCUGCAAAACCCGGCGCCCGGCGUGAAUUACGGGAACCCUGAGUUUUACCACGGCGGCACAAACCUGCUCUGCGUCCACCCCCUCGAGGCUCCGAAGGCGUUCGCAGAUUGGGUGACCGAGUGCGCGAAAAAUUACCGCCUAAGGCUGAUCGGAACUCUGGUUAAUUACGGGCACCGGGGCGUGCGCUACGGGUUCAUCAUGUCCAAAUAUUUUGACGAUAACGCCUGCGCGAAGGUGAUUGCUCUCCCGGAUAAGUUACGAACUGCAAAAGCAUCGUCUUAGUAGUUAGGUGUAUUACUAUUACAAAUUUCCUCAGCAUGAGAAAUGGAAUUUCUGAUGCGGAUGUACGUUAAGAAAAAGAUUUGUAAUGCAUAAUUAACAGCAAUUAGUUACUACGAGUACGAUGCUUUUGCACAGGAAAUAGGUUUUUCGAAACCAGCGAAGAGGAGAUCCUGGCCCGGCAGUUACCGCAUCUGGUCCGGUUCACAGUGCACGAAAACGCGCAGCAGUCGGGAAAGUUAUCCACUGCACAAGUAUUGUACUCACAUAAAUGCAAGUCUUGCAUUACAAGUUUCUUUCCUAUCGUAAAUCCGCAUUACAACUUUCAUUUCUCAUGCGGAGGAAAUUUAUAAUGCAUUUAUUUUUAUACGAGUACGAUACUUUUGCAGUUCAUAAAAGUACUAUUGCGACCACAUUGAGUUUGUGGACAUGGAUAUCAUGCUAUCCCACGAAAAAAGUGUUUCACUGUAAGGAUUUUGCAAGUUUUGCAUCACAAGUUUGCUCUACAUGACAGAGAAAAUUUGCCAUGCGAGGUUCCUAAGGGAAAACACAGCUAAAAUCGAUUGUCUUGCAUGUGUAGCAAGACAAACACUUCUAAGAUAUAUGUUUUGCAUUACAAGUUUACAGUGAAACAGUUUUUUCCUGCGAUACAUGCGGCGGGAUUCGGAAAAGGCGAAUUUACACUACGAAUUAAAAACGGAAAGGAACGCGAAUCAGCUAUCAAAAUGAAAAAUCCCUCCACGACCCCAUACUCAAAGUAGAAAUUUGUGAUGCAGAUGAGAUUUGUUGUCACAAAUCAGCUUUGUCAUUCUAGAAGGGAAAAGAUGCGGACUGUAGUGCUGGUUGGCGUGGGAAUAAACCUUUGCAUCUUCAGCAUGACAGGGGGCAGCUGGAAGUGGGAACCAGCAUGACAAUAUAUGCCUGCAAAGGAGGCCACAGCUGCGGCUCUUGGCCUUGUAGCAUUACAAGUCGACUUGUGUACUCAAAUACAGCAUUUCAUAUCGUUUUCGAUAUGAGGAGGGGGGAUUUUUCCUUUUGACAUCAGCCUGUUUUAGUCCCGCAGUCGUCGUCCACCAAUAUUACGGGGGCAGCAGCUCUUGCCAGCACCAGCGGCAGCGGCCUGGUGGUCCCACCAUCAUCUACAGCGCUGCCACCCGGAACAAACUAUCAAAUGCAAAAGUGUCUGGGUCUGCAAGGUUGCCAGGUUUGUCAUGCAUAUUUGGCAUGACUCAGGAUGUCUGUAAUGCAUGAUCUAGCAUCACAUAUUUUUACAGGCCUUCCUGAUUCCUAUCCCGCAUGACAAACGCCCUCCCCGCGUAGCACAACCUGGGCUCCUCUUGCUGGUCACGCAAUACACAUUUCUUUAGAAUCCAAAGAUAGCAUCACAAGUUCCAACCCUUCAGACCCAGACAUAUUUGCAUUCGAUACAAACACAACAAGCGCAACUACACCUGCCGGUACUGUCCCUCUGGACACCAGCACAGCUGGUGCACUGGUCGCCGCACUCGCAACUACUGCUCGUGCCCCACCGGCGCCGCCACGACCGCCAACUAUGUUGAACCCGGGCCAGCAACUGCCGGCCGGCCGCGUCGACUGCAAUUGGCCGCUGGUGAAAUUUGAGAACCAGAAAAACCCGAAAGCUUCUUCUGGAUCUUCAACAAAUGAGGUAUUAUCCUCCACCAUGACAGUGCUCGCGGUGCACCCACUGGAGCCGCCAUAUGGGAUUCUCAAUUGUUACAUCCUCAACUGUUACAUGAAUUUGUGAUGCAAGAAUGGCAACAGGGAAAGGCCGGAUCUUGCAACUCUUGCAUUACAAUUUCGGCACAGAUUCCCAUGCUGCUUAGCCCUUCCAAAAUUUGUUAUGCGAGGUAGCUUCACCGUGUGGAGGUUGAUGCUCAUUUUGCAUGACAAACCAUGUAACAGUUGAGAAUGUAACGUUUGAGAACGCCAUACGCCAAAAAGUUUCGAGCAGUGGGAGCAGGAGUUUGCGAAAAAUUACCGCUUGCGGCUCGUCGGGUCGUUCUACAAAUUCGAAGCUGCGAAGUAUCGCAAGAAAAAAGUGUUACAGUUACACAUGUUAGUUACACAUUGUGUUGCAGGCCAAGCAAGACAGACAAACUCUGUAAUGCCGGAUACGCAUAAGAGCCUCGUUUCAUAGGUGCUUAUUUCCCGUAGGAUUUCUGCAUUCCAAGGUUUCUCUCUCAUGCAGAGAAAUUUGUGUUGCUGAAUUGACUACAAAUGUGUAGCUGUAACACUUUUUUCUUGCGAUAAGAAACAGUACGGAUUCAUCACGUCGAACUCCUUUGACCCCGCGUCCGGGAAUCUAUCCUGACCAAAAACGUCCCCGCACCAUAGUCCUCAUGAUGGGAAAUCUGCUAGACAAAUCAACAACCUUUGGUUGUUCCGCAUGACAAGUUUGAUGGCCUCUUAGUGUAAUCGCCUCGACUUAGCUCGUUCAGCAGCAUCACAGAUCCAGCCUAUUCUGCUGAUUAAAAAAGCAUUACAAAUUCCAAAACACGACUAGAAAAUGCUUCUCGUGUUGGGGUUCCGCAUGACAAACGUUCUGAGCAUGCAGAUUUGCAUGACAGCUACCAGCCAUGCCCCGGCUGACGCCGGGGCGCAAGGCUGUUGGGGCGGGGCAGGACUAUUUGCGGAUCGGGCCGCAGCGACAGGGCUUUACGGACAGCGUGACAGAUCGAAGGAAUUACUGGCGCCGGUUUGCGCUAUGUCAACCCGCAGGGCCUCCUGCGCGCUUCCCGCGCCUUCAGGCGCUAUGCGCAGGGAGCAGCUGCAGCGAAGCUUGGGGGCGAAGAGAAACCGCCUCGGCAUAGGUGCCGAAGCAGAACUGGGAUCGCGCUGCCCUGUGUUGAUCACACACACACCCGCCCCCGCCCAACUGGCUUCCCAGCGGAAACUGUUGGCGCGAGCGGUUAGCGCGAGAGGGUGGCGCGAGAGGGUGCGCGGGAGGGUAGCGCGAGAGGGUAGCGCGAGAGGUGUGGGCUUGCGCCAUGAAACAGUCCCAACAAAAUCGGCCGCUUGCCGGGCGGAUUCGGGUCUUUUUCACCCUCUCGCAGACCCUCUUUUUCACCUCUCCCGAGAGGUGUUGCUAAUAGUCCGGCUAUACUCGCCAGUAGAGGUCUACAGAGGUGGCCGAGAUGUGGCCGAGAGGGUGCGCGAGAGGUUCGCCCUUAUUCGCGCAACCUCUCGGCACCUCUGUCCCCCUCUCGCUUACCCUCUUGGCACCCUCUCGGCCACCUCUGGUCCCUAUAGGCGCAGCUUUAGAGUGAGUCCUUCAGCGGGCUAUACCCGCGCCACCUCUCGGCCACCCUCUCGAAUGACCUCCCGCGCCACCUCUCCACCUCUGUUGACCUCUUAUUGACCUCUUUUCACCUCUUUUUGACCUCUCGGCCACCUCUCUCCGACCCUCUGUAGACCUCUACUUUCGCAUGAAUAUAAUAGAUAGUAAUGGGGUGGGGACUUUUUUGCAUAGGAUAGAAUCUGUUUGUGCUGCAGUGGAAGCUGGUGGACGCGAAAAAGUUGUACUGCAAGGAAAAACUGGGAUUGCAAGCCAGCAGCGAGGAACAGCUGGCCGAGGAGGCGGAGAAAAUUGAGGACGCCACCAUUUUAUCCAGUGCAAAAGUAUCGUACUCGUAUUGCAAUCCUGCACCACAAAUCUUUUCCUUAAGGUAAAUCAGCAUUACAAAUUUUCUUUCUCAUGCUGAGGAAAUCGAAAUUUGUAAUGAGUGCAUUUAUACGAGUGCGGUACUUUUGCAAUUCAUACAUUUCCGAGUGGCUAUCGACCAAGGUGCCGGCGCUUGUGAAGUUUACCAUUUGCCGCAACACGGCGCAGCAGGGGAAAUUCUACGCCGAGCACAUCGAAUUCUUCGACGAAACGACCGACGUCCCGGUGUUUCCCAAAGGCAACGCGAGUGCUGCGAACUGGAAGGGCUGGCCGCUUUUGUCCGAACCGCCGCCAUAUCAAAUGUAAAAAUGUCUGGGUCUGGAAGGGUGCAAGGUUUGUUAUGCUUGUCUGGCAUGACUGAAAAGUCUGUGAUGCGUGUCCAAGAAGAGACCCUUUUGCUUGUCAUGCAAAAACGCAGUUUGUCAUGCGGAAAACGCAACACUAAGCCCUGGAAAUAUUUCUCAUGCUUGGGUAUGCAUUACAGACCAUCACCAUUCACUAUUCACAACUCAGCAUUACAAGUUUCCAGACCCAGACAUAUUUGCAAUCCAUACGCCACCGGAAAAGCGCAACCCCCCCGACCACCAGAGCGGCAAGGGAAAGGGCAAGCUACCGCCGGCGCCCCCGCCGCCCAAUGCGAAGCUGUUGGACCUGGUUUCCUCCACCUUGGGGGGCGUGUACGGCGACUGGGCGCGGGACGCCUUGAGCAGCGGGGGCCCGACCAAUCCGGCCUUGAACGUGAUCCAGAGUCUGAUGCAGGGAGCAGCCGCGCAGCAGCAGCAGCAGCCUCUCAUCCAGCCGCCGCAAGGUAUCCGACUGGGUGCACAAGAACUCCCCCUCCCCCUCAUGUCUUUGUAGUAUAGCGUGAACAGCAAUACAAACACCAGCACAGGUAGAGCUACGCAUGACAAAUUUUUGCGCCCAAUGCAUUAUACUGUUUGGGCCUCCACCGGAAUUUGUCGGGCAUAAUAGUGACGCAAGGGAGCAAUUGGAAAUGUGGAUUUUGCAUGAGAAAUGAGAACGAGGGAGAGUUGUGCACUGUCAUACAAGGACCGGGCGGGGCGGACCGGUGCGACCUGUCGAUUGCGCCGAUCAAGAUGAAGGACAUGAUGUUUCUGAAGGAGAAAAUGACCAUGCUAGUGGUGCACGACAAGGAGCCCUGGAAGCCCUAUGAUAGCUGGGUGAACGAGUGCGCCAAGAACUACCGGCUGAGAUUGGUCGGGACGUUCGUUUCCAUGAAAGAGAACACAGAGUACGGCUUCAUCAAAUCGCCCCAGUUCCCGCCCUCCAUUCCGAAUCUGUUUUGCCUCGUACAUAAGUUUGCCGACCUGCGGGAGCAGUGGAAGCUGCGAACCGGACACGUGUCGGAAAAAGAGCAGUCGAAAGUAGGGGAUGAAGUGCUGGGAGCUGCCGCGGGGUUAGUUCAUCUUCCACCGCCAGACAAGAAUUUUUCGGACGACGUCCAUGAUCACGGGCAACAACAAGCGCUGAGCAAUCCGUUUUCGUCGGCGCCGGUGAAAAAUCAGGCGACCGCGACAGCGGCGUCAACGGCCGAGGAGAGGCAGGAAGAAAUGCGGAAUUCCAUUAUUCCCUGGCUGAAGUCCAGCAUGCUGCCCUCCCUGGUCCGGUUCACCGUGGUCCGGAAUCCGCAGCAACCCGGCAAGUUUUAUGGCGUUCUCAAACGUUACAUUCUCAACUGUUACAUGAAUUUGUGAUGCAAGAGGCGCAACAGUCAAAGGCGUAAGCUUACUGCUUUCGCAUUACAGAUUUGGCAGCACGGAUUUAGACGCUGUUUAGCCCUUCGGAGAUUUGUCAUGCGAAGCAGCUUGAUCAUCUACCGGCUCAAGGUAGUUUUGCAUGACAAAUUCAUGUUGUGGUCACAGACACAGUUGAGAAUGUAACGUUUGAGAACGCCAUAAGUUUCUGGCGGAAAAGAUCGAGUUUCACGACGAGAUGACGCUGAAUCGGGAGUCGAACCCGACCGUGGGGUGCGACAUCUGGACCAAGCUGGACGAAAACGGGGAUGCUGUGCUGGUUGGUAGUACGACGACGACUAUGGAUUGUAGAAAUGUCUGGGUCUGGAAGAAUGCAACUUGUAAUGCUAGCUUUCCAUACCUAGAAAAUCUGUAUUGCAUAACCGACAAAAGUCGCAGCCUCUUUUGUCGUGCAAAAACGCAGCUUCUCAUGCGAAUUGCCUAUGAGAAAGCGUUUUGGGAAGUUGUCAUGCCGGACUGCAUUCGGAAGUGUUUUCAUCAUGCACAUUUUAGUAUCACAAGUUUCCAGACCCAGACAUUUUUACAGUUGAUAACCACUGCGACUCCCGGAGCGCCGGCGGCGGCGGCGACGACGAGUAAUCAGCAAGCGCCAGCAGGCGGUGAUGAAGUAGAGGGAAACCAGCAGCACAACACGGUUGCAAAAAAUACUUAUACCGCCCCUACUGCUUCCUCUUCUUCCUCUUCGCAGCCGCUGAGCAAGGCCGCUGCCCCUGUGAAGGUGACCACUGCGUCGUUCUCGAAGGAUAAUGACGACAACAGUGUCGACAUGCUGUUGGGAGGUCAAGAACAGCUGGACACCAACAACCCCUUUACAUUUGACAUGUAUGAAUUGCAAAAGGCAUCGCACAACUCGUACUAGUGGCAGUCACGCAUAAUUUUUACCAAUCUCUUUCUCAAGGUAGAGCUGCACAUAAAAAUUUUUUACGAAAUUUGAUUUGUAAAAAUGCUGGGCAAGAAAUUUCUCAUGCGAUAAUCAUAAUUUCUGCUACCACGUGCGGUACUACUUUUGCACAGCAUAACAACACCGAAGAGUUGAAAGCGGAGCAGGAGCGAGACGAAAAAGAGAAGCGGGAGGAGCAGGACAAGCUCUUAGACAGUACGAUUGGAGGACCAGAGACAGCGGCAGGAGCUUCUGGCAGUAGCAGUACCACUCUGAAGAUCCCUCCAGGAGGUGUCGGAUCGUCCUCCUCUACUUCGCAGAUCUUGCAAACUAGCACAUCGAAAUCCUUUGACAAAGGCUCCACAAAUAGUACUACAACAACCUUCGGAAUAAACAAGCAGGGAGAUCAAAGCGGCAAAAACAAGGGCGGCGCUCUUGGAAAACCCGGCGAUCAGCAGUCGGGGAAAAUAUCAAAUGUAAUAUAUGUCUGGGUCUGGAACUACAUUGGGGGAGUCAGUUUGUCAUGCAAAUCGUACAUGUUGAGCAUGAUGACCCGCGAUGCCUGUGAUGCAUGCUCUAGCAUCACAGCUUUUGCGAAGGCUUCCUCAUGCCUAUCGUGCAUGAGAGAUGCGUUCUCCGGUUGGCAACAAAAAUCUGAGUUCCUUUCGCUACGGAUGCAAAACAGGUUUUUGUAUACUCGAAAGUUAGCAUGACAGAUCCCAUUCUUUUUGCAAUGCAUAGAAAAAGGGGAAGGACAAUGGGCGAAUCGACGUGGUGGUGCCGCCGAUAUCGCUGCCGGGCCAAAGAGACGUAUUGAACAACAACGCUCCGCUUACCAUGCUGCUCGUCCAUCCGAACGAAUUUAAGCACCCGAAAUCCUUCGAAAAGUGGGCGGAGGAGUGCGAGAAGAACCCCCGGCUGCGGAUCGUCGGCACGCUGGCGCGGUUUCAAGCUGGAAAGUCGGGUUUUAUCAAGUCGCAUUUUUUUAUCGCGGAAGACCGGGACCUGUUCACGCUGCAGUACAAAAUCUACGGCCUGCGCGAGCGCUACAUUGCGGAGCAGCAACUACUGGGGAAUUUCGCCCCGGACUGCUCGGACCCCGCAAUCGGCAACUGGCUGCAGAGCACGAAAAUUCCCUGUCUGGUGCGUUUCACGAUCCACCGGAACCAGAAAAAGCCCGGCGAAUUCUAUGCAGACCGCGUGGAGCUGCACAGCAACGUGAACAAUGUCGUGUGGCCCAUGAAGACAAACGACCAAGGGAAUGCUGGUGGCAAGAAUUUUUCUUCCUCGAGUGGUGUUACUACUGGCGACCAGCACAACAUGGGAGCGAAUAUGAAAGGACCACAGGGGAAGAACAACUAUGACUUCUCAUCUGGUGGGCCGCAUUUUUAUGGCUCCAAAGACGGGACGAUGAGCAAGAACUUCAAGGGCGCCGGAAACAUCAACAAGUCGGAUCCCUUCAAGGGCGGCGGCGGGGGUGGGAAGAAAGGCAACUACGCGAACAAAGAGCCAAACAGCGACGUUUUUGGUUCCGGGUUUCCGCCAACAGCGUAUUUCGGCGGGGAGGCAGCGGGAACGGAGCCCUCGGUAACCGCAAGUGGGGUCGCGCCAGCUUUGAAGAAACGAAGGCUGGAAUGAGGAUAGUACGUGAGAGAAGCAGUUGUACUAGUGCCGGUCUUCGUCAUGCGGCUCUUUGAGCUGCAGGAGCGAAUGCGAUUUUUUCAAGAUGAACCGACUGAAAAACAGAACGGAAAAACGUGUUGAAAGGAGAAGUUGCAGUUGAAAAAUCACACCCAUGGAGGAAUGAGAUAAAAAGCUAGUACAGCAGGAGACACAGCUCGUACUCUUCGUAUACAAAAGAU